UUGUUUUCAGGAUUGAAUGCAGAGGGUGAAUGGGCUGCUUUUUUUUCAGGUGUUAGGUUUCAGUCCAGCAUUUUUCCAUUUUAACCAGUUUAAAAUCUACUGCUAUUUCUCCUGCUGUCUGACCUGCAUAUUUCACAUGACUUCUUUUUUAGGAAAACAACUAAGCAGUGCUUAAAAUCCUUCUUCAACUUAUCCCAGCAUGUUGAUUCUCAUAUUAGUUAGCCCCUUGCAGGUCACUGCUUUAUUGAGAAUUCAAAUGUAUUUCAGUAUAAAUUCAGUGAAAAGUUUGAUAUAGGCACCCAAUCUAGUUUUUUACUUAAUCUGGAUCUAUCACGGUUUUGAAGAUGGGCGGUUCAUCUAUCCUCUAGAAAUCAGUUCUGCUCUACUGUGGCACGUCUGAUUGGAUGACAUUUUUUCUGGGUCACUCACACAGCCACACCCUGAUCGUUUGUGAACAAGCAGAACAGACUUGCAUAAUAACCUAAACCUAAACUCUCUAUUUCUAUGGGAUGAAUAACUGUAAAAAUAAGAAGGAGGAAUCAGAUGACAAAGAAUGUUUCCACCAGAGCCUGAAUAAUGUUUUAUUGACUGCUCUGUGGAGAUUAUUACAUACACCUCUUGUCUUUCAGAAUGAAAAUCGCAGACAUCAAAAGAUCUCAAGGCUUCUACAGCUGCAUUCAGAUACAGACAGGAUGUGGGUGACAAACUUUGCAGCUCUCUGGCUGCUGUCCCUUGUGGCCUCUGCAGAGGAAAAGAAGCUGAGCAGUCAUGCCAUCACACUGGCUGACAACAGUGCAAACCUGGCUUUCAGCCUCUACCACAACAUGGCAAAGGAGAAAGACUCAGAGAACAUCCUCAUCUCUCCUGUGGUGGUGGCCUCCUCUCUGGGGAUGGUGGCUCUUGGUGGAAAGUCCUCCACUGCCUCGCAGGUCAAAACUGUCCUCAGUGCUGAAAAACUAAAGGACGAGCAUCUGCAUGCAGGACUGUCUGAGCUGCUAUCUGAGGUGAGCAAUGCCAAGACACGCAACUCCACAUGGAAGAUCAACAAUCGCCUUUAUGGGCCAAGCUCCGUCUCCUUUGCUGAUGAUUUUGUGAAAAGCAGCAAAAAGCACUAUAACUUCGACCAUUCAAAAAUAAACUUACGUGACAAGAGAAGCGCUGUGAACUCCAUCAACGAUUGGGCGGUAAAGUCAACUGAUGGCAAGCUUCCCGAGGUCACCAAGGACGUGCAGAACCCAGAUGGAGCCUUGAUUGUCAACGCCAUGUUCUUCAAGCCUCACUGGGAUGAGAAGUUCCAUGAAAAAAUGGUUGACAAUCGUGGUUUCCUGGUUACUCGCUCAUUCACCGUUGGGGUUCCCAUGAUGCACCGUACAGGUCUGUAUGAUUUCUACGAGGACACUGUGAACCGUAUCUUUGUGCUGAACAUGCCUCUGGGUCAGAAGCAGGCCUCCAUGAUCCUCAUCAUGCCCUACCACCUGGAGCCUCUGGAACGCCUGGAGAAACUCCUGACCAGGAAUCAGGUGGACAUUUGGCUCAGUAAGAUGGAGAACAGAGCUGUGGCCAUCUCUCUUCCUAAGAUCUCUUUGGAAGUCAGCCAUAAUCUGCAGAAACACCUGGCUGAUCUUGGGCUAACUGAAGCCGUAGACAAAGCCAAGGCGGACUUGUCCAACAUUUCUGGAAAGAAGGACCUCUACCUCUCCAACGUCUACCACGCUUCGGCCCUGGAGCUGGAUAUUGAUGGAAAUCCGUUCGAUACCAGCAUCUUUGGCUCUGGAAAGCUGAGGGACCCUAAACUAUUCUACGUGGAUCAUCCCUUCAUCUUCCUGGUGAAGGACAGCAAGACCAACUCAAUCCUUUAUAUCGGCAGAGUUGUCAGACCUAAGGGAGAAAAGAUGCGCGAUGAGCUAUAAUGAUGACAUCAUCAAUCGUGUCACGCACCAUUGUGAAAUUUGGUCAGAAUCCUGUGUGUGUUUAAUGGCAUGACUGUUACCUCAUGAGCACAAUCUUUUUUUUACAUCCUUAUUUUUGCCGGUGUUAGUUCGGCCAUGAUUCACAUGUGUUUUUUAAAUUAACUUUAAUGUUUAAGAAAAAAAUUCUUUGGACAAGCUUUUUUUUAUUGUCUCACUCCCCCCUCUUAUUUCCCCUCCAGUCUGCACUGCACAAAUUUUUUCCCCUGCACAAAAUUAUUUUGCAGUGGAUUAGGUGACAUACAUCUGAUGCUUAAUUAACGUUCAGCUGCCAGCCAUACUGUGCCGUUUUGCUACUGUAAAUGUAUUUUCCACAAAAAACCUCUUGGAAUUGUGUGAUUAUGAAACAAUAUGUUCAUUUUUCAAUAUAAAGAUACAAAGGGU